GGAGGAGAGGGAGGUACCCUCAGACAGCUCUCUGUGUCUGUUUUUUUUUCACAAAAAAUACUGAACUGGGGCUGAAACUGAAACAGGGCAAGACUCGUAAAAGGAGUGCAGUCUCUUGCUCUCCUCAGUUUCCUGUUGAAGGGGGCCAUUUUGUAACUCAGCCUGGAGGAGAGCACAACAAACUUUGGCAUUGUUUUUGUUUCUUCUCUCCCACGCCCGGGAGUUUCACAAUCAAGUUUGGACUUUCUCCCCUGCAGAACAACUUCUUUGGACAAGAGAGAGGUGAAUGAGGGAAGAAAGUGGAGGAGGAAAAGCAGUAGGAGUGUGUCUUUCUUUUAUGGGUCCUCUCACACACAUUGCUUAUGCUUGUCAUGCUUGGACUAUAAAAGAAGUCUGACAACGAGAGAGCGCAAAAGUAGGGCUGAAAGGAGGAAAAGCCACCGCUUCCUGGAUAAGGAUUUCUUCCUUGAUCCUCUGGGAGGGGGUGGACACAGCACACAGAGGAACCGGGACUCUGCUCAGUGUGUGUGUGUAUGUUUCAGUGUGUGUACCCCUCUCUCCUCCCCUGAGACAGUUUGAAUGAGCGUGGGUUUUCUGAGACUGCACCUGGGCGUGUGUUUGUGAGUGUGUAUGUUGAGAGCUUCAGGCAGUCAACAGCCAGGACCUCUGGAUGGCGAACGCUAGCCCCUGUAUGCCCUCAGGGCCCAUGGCCCAGGUCUUCUUUCCUCCGGGGGGUUCCUCACUGCCAGGCACAGCUGUGAUGCAGCAGGGGACACCCAUCACUGUGCCCUCUAUGCCUGCUCAGGGUGGUUUUCCUGUGAUGGACCUGACACCAGGGCAGGCUCCUGGUGGGGCUGUGAUGCCCACAGUGCCUCCUUCUCCAGCGGGGGUGUCCUUCAUCAUCCAGAUUGGCCUGACAAGAGAAUCUGUCUUCAUGCCUCAGACUGCUGACCUGGCUUAUGUGAAACAAAUUGCCUGCUCCAUUGUUGACACCAAGUUCCCAGAGUGCGGCUUCUAUGGCAUUUAUGACAAGAUUUUGCUGUUCAAGCAUGACACAACCACCAACAACAUCCUGCAGCUUGUUAAAGCUGCAUGUGACAUUCAGGAGGGAGAUCUGGUGGAGGUGGUGCUCUCUGCGGCAGCCACAUUUGAAGAUUUCCAGAUUCGUCCCCAUGCUCUAAAUGUGCACUCAUACCGGGCCCCGGCCUUCUGCGAUCACUGUGGAGAGAUGCUGUUCGGAUUGGUCAGACAAGGGCUCAAGUGUGAUGGAUGUGGCCUGAACUACCACAAACGCUGCGCAUUCAGCAUUCCAAACAACUGUAGUGGAGCUCGAAAACGACGUCUGUCCACCACCUCCCUAAGCAGCAGUCAGUCCCUGCGUCUCUCCACCACUGAGUCAGUGUACAGUGUUGGGACGGUCUCCACCUGUACAGAGGACACCAGCCUCAUCCGCUCACACACUCAAAUGCCACGGACCCCUAGUGAUGCCCGGCGCUUCUACACGGGUCGACCCGUUCAUCUGGACAAGAUCUUGAUGAGCAAGGUGAAGGUGCCCCACACGUUUGCAGUCCACUCGUACACACGGCCAACAGUGUGCCAGUACUGCAAGAGGCUCCUUCGAGGGCUGUUCAGGCAGGGCCUACAGUGCAAAGACUGCAAGUUUAACUGCCAUAAACGCUGUGCAUACAAGGUUCCUAAUGACUGCCUUGGGGAGACCAUUGGAGACAACAGAAGUAACUGCGACAUGUUGAGUCCCAGUGCGGACCCCGAGGUGCCCAUGGACUACAGCAGUGAAUACGAUGCCUCGGACAAAUCUUCAAUAGAUGACUCAGAUGAGGCCUGUAGUAUCCCUGGGUCCUUCUCUCCUGACAACAACCAGGAUGGAGCCAGCGGAGACCAGAGUGUUUACAUCCCAUUAAUGAGGGUGGUACAGUCGGUGAGACAGACAACCCGUCGAUCCAGCACAGCUAUCAAGGAGGGAUGGAUGGUUCACUACAGUAAUAAGGACACACUGAGAAAGAGGCACUACUGGCGUCUGGACUGUAAGUGCAUCAUCCUUUUCCAGAACAACACCUCCAACAAAUACUACAAGGAGAUUCCUCUGUCUGAAAUUUUGGAGCUGCGACCUGCUAGCAACUUCACUCUUGUCCCCCCUGGCACAAAUCCCCACUGCUUUGAGCUCAUCACUGGCACUAUGUGCUACUUUGUAGGGGAGGACCCCAACACCCUACCCUCUCUGCCCUCCAGCAACCCCCAGACUCUCCCCCAGACCCCUCCCUCCCCCAGCCAAGUGGCACCCAACAGCGGCAUCGGCCGCGAAGUGGCCAAGGCAUGGGAGAGUGCCAUUCGUCAGGCCCUCAUGCCAGUCAUUUUCCAGGAUGCACCACCAGCUGAGGGGAACACAACUCACAGGCAAGCCUCUGUCAGCAUUUCCGUGUCCAACAGUCAAAUCCAAGAGAAUGUGGACAUUGGUACAGUGUACCAGAUUUUCGCUGAUGAAGUUCUGGGAUCUGGGCAAUUUGGAGUAGUGUAUGGAGGAAAGCACCGGAAGACAGGGAGGGACGUAGCUGUGAAAGUAAUCGACAAGCUUCGUUUCCCCACCAAGCAGGAGAGCCAACUGAGGAAUGAGGUGGCCAUACUGCAGAGUUUACGUCACCUAGGCAUCGUGAACUUGGAGUGUAUGUUCGAGACCCCAGAGAAAGUGUUUGUUGUGAUGGAGAAGCUCCACGGUGACAUGUUGGAGAUGAUCCUCUCCAGCGAGAAAGGCAGACUGCCUGAGAGGCUCACCAAGUUCCUCAUCACUCAGAUUCUUGCGGCUCUGAGACAUCUGCACUUUAAGAACAUCGUUCACUGUGAUCUGAAACCUGAGAAUGUGCUGCUUGCCUCCGCUGAUCCUUUCCCUCAGGUGAAGUUGUGUGACUUUGGCUUUGCCCGUAUCAUCGGUGAGAAGUCUUUCCGUCGUUCUGUAGUCGGCACACCUGCCUACCUGGCCCCAGAGGUUCUGCUGAACCAGGGUUACAACCGCUCACUGGACAUGUGGUCCGUCGGCGUCAUAAUGUAUGUCAGCCUCAGUGGGACGUUCCCAUUUAAUGAGGAUGAAGAUAUCAAUGAUCAGAUCCACAACGCAGCCUUCAUGUACCCUCCCAAUCCCUGGAAACAGAUCUCCAGUGAUGCAAUUGACUUGAUCAACAACCUGCUGCAAGUUAAAAUGAGGAAACGCUACAGUGUGGACAAGAGUCUCAGCCACUCAUACUUACAGGACUAUCAGACAUGGUUGGACCUGAGAGAGCUGGAGACUAAACUUGGCGAGCGUUACAUCACCCACGAGAGUGAUGACAGCCGCUGGCAAAUGUUUGCCCGUGAACAUACUCUGCCUUACCCUGCCCACCUUGUGCCGCCUCCUCCUGCACCAGGCUCUGACGAUGAGGAGGGUGGGGAGGACGCAGAUGUACAAGGCCUCACUGAGAGGGUCAGCAUCCUCUGACCACAACGACGAGGGACUCAAGCUAAUUUAGGAAGGAGGAAAGGAAUAGGGAGAGGGAGGAUGUGAUGGUCGACCUAGGACCUGAAAGAGACAUUAAGUUGCAAAUAGUCAUAUGGUUUUAAUAAGAAUAGUGUCUAUCUGUUUAGAUUUUCACAGGAUACUUCCGCUGUGUGUCAGCACUCAGUUUUACAGCAAUAAAUCUAAUUUCCUCCAGCCUGAGGUCAUCAAAAACUUGCUUGCAAUCAUUUACCUCAGCUGUUAAUGGUCUUCUUUCUUCUUUUGAAUUGUUGAACUCUUUUAAUGAUGAAGACUGCUCGACUCUAUUUCACAUCCUCUGUUCGGCUGACCUGGGGAGGCUUUGAAGUUAAAAUUGGAGUCAAACUUAAAAUCAGAAUUUGUCACAAUGAAUAGAAAACAGCAUGUUCUUUUCCUCUCACCACAAAGUGCUUAAAGGUGAGGCAGAAAAUAACAUUUGCCCAGAAUCAAUCAGAUAGAUUUGUCAGGGUAGUUUUUCCUAAACUAAGGGCAGUUAAAAGUUAAAAUGAAAUCUAAACAAGAAGACAUUUGUCAUUUUAUUAAACAGACUGGAAUCGCAGUCCCUCUUAUGUCUAAAGACCAGUUCAAUCUCUUCUCAUUAAUGGAGUGCUUUAAAAGUGACAAAAGACUUCCUCUCUGCUGGUAAUUACUAAUGUGCUUGGACCCAUCUGUAUUCACAAAUGCAUUUCCAUAAAUUCAUAUCCUGUAGUGAAAACUGGAAGUAUUGAUCCGGCGACAGCAAAUCCUCCAGUAAUUACCACUGGUUUUGAGCCGCAAUGGACUCUGAGAAAAAAUAUGUGACUAAAGAUGUCACUGUGGGUUUAAAUGAACUCUAAGCAUCAGGUGGUGUAUUAUCUGCAAGCUGGCAGAUUAUGCCACAUUACACACAAUGGCUGUUGUUGAAUGGUGAAAACUGCUUCUAUUGUGCUCAGUCAGCCACUUUCACUCAUGAUACCAGCUGUGUAUUUAAAUUGUGAAUAACAUAUCCUCAGAGUUGCCCGUAUAUAUAUAAGAUUUGCAUACUGUUAAUAAGGGUAGCAUUUUUACACCUGAGCAGGUAAACAGACGCUUCUUUUAUCAAGAGCGGACCUCUCCCUAUGAUGUAAAUGUAUGGAUGGACAGCUUGGGUUGCUUGGGGUGAAACUAGAUUUUUUGGGGGGGAGUGUAUGUAGUAAGUUUGAUUAUUGACCACCUGUCAUGUCAAUAUGUUGCAUGUUUCUGUGAAGUAGAGUUAUCUAGAUACAUUAUAAAACAUACUGUAGUUAUUAUAGUCUAUUAUAGACAUGUGUAACCUGAAGUUUAUGUACUGUAGCGUCAAAUAUGUGUAGACCGUGUACAACAUAUUUGAAGGAUAAUCCUAGCCCUUGUAACAGACAAUACAAACCUUGAACAAUA